AGUGGGGCUGCUCCCCGAUGGCACACUACUUCCCCAGGCUCUCCACAUGCCCAGCUCCGCACCCCAGAGACCAGCAGGGGUUCCCUGCACAGGGGCACUAGGGGGUCCCCCAAGGCUGGGCUGCUUUCUGCCCCGAGGCAGGAAGGAUUUUGCUGACGCAGCACACACCUCUCCCACUGACUCCCCAAGACAAUGAGGCUGGGAGGAGAAGGCCCUGGGGGCUCCUCCUGCCCAGCUGCCCCACUUGGUCCCUGAACCAGGUGAGGGUGGUGAUGGGGCUGAGAAUACAGGGGCUGGAUCUCUGUCCCCUGGAGGCCUCUGUCAGAUACUCCAUCAGGCGUAUGCACCGCCUACUGACCUACUGAGCCCAGUUGGCCUGAUGGUCUGGGAGAGGCCAGCUCUGGAAGGACAUCUGGGGGGCUCUGUUUGGGUUACAGGCGCCCUGGAGGCUGAGAAGACACCUCCUUUGCCACUCGUCUUGGGUCAGAGCAGCUGUGGUGGCCUGUGGUAUAGUGAUCCAUGCCCAGGCCAUACUCCUGCAGUGGGACCAAGACAAGCAGUGGACAGAGCUGGAGGGGGGAGGCUGGGCGUUGUCCAUACCCUCAGAUGCACAGAGGAGGCCUGGCAUUGGGCACGGGACAGUGGGCAGAGGGGGUAAGGUAAGGCUGGCUGCCUCCCAACGCACUGUCACCCAGCUUGGGGGAGGCCCUUCCUUCUCUUGGCCCCAUACAGUUCUAGGGACAAUCAGGGAUUCAGACCCCGGGCCUUCGGGGGAACAAUGAGGCCCUUGAAGGCCCUCCCCCCUGCAUUGUGCUUGGUGGUGAGAGGUGGCCCUGGAUCGGGCUGGGAUUCUGCCGGGUGUACACCCUUGGAGGCCAGUGUCUGACCAGCCGGCAGGUGGAAGGGCUCAGAGGGACUUGCAUUUUGUGACCUGAAAAAGGUCCCGCCCCGCGCCCCUAUGACCAACAUGAGCUGGAGCUUCCUGACGCGGCUGCUGGAGGAGAUCCACCACCACUCCACGUUCGUGGGCAAGGUGUGGCUCACGGUGCUGGUGGUCUUCCGCAUCGUGCUCACGGCCGUGGGCGGCGAGGCCAUCUACUCGGACGAGCAGACCAAGUUCACCUGCAACACCAAGCAGCCGGGCUGCGACAACGUCUGCUACGACGCCUUCGCGCCCCUCUCCCACGUGCGCUUCUGGGUCUUCCAGAUCGUGGUCAUCUCCACGCCCUCCGUCAUGUACCUGGGCUACGCCGUGCACCGCCUGGCCCGCGCCGCCACCCGCGAGCGCCGCCGCGCGCCCCCGCCGCUGCCCGCGCCCGCCCGCCCCGCCUGGCCCGAGCCCGGGGACCUGGGCGAGGAGGAGCCCAUGCUGAGCCUGGGCGAGGACGACGAGGAGCCGGGGCCGGCCGACGGCCUGGGCGCGGAGGACCCGGCGGAGGCGGCGAGCGCGGCCAAGGGCCUCGGCGGCGGGGACGCCCAGGCGGCGGGGGCCCCGGGCGCCCACGGGCCGCACGACGGGCGGCGGCGCAUCCAGCGCGAGGGCCUGAUGCGCGUGUACGUGGCGCAGCUGGUGGCGCGGGCCGCCUUCGAGGUGGCCUUCCUGGUGGGCCAGUACCUGCUGUACGGCUUCGAGGUGCCGCCCUUCUUCCCCUGCAGCCGCCGGCCCUGCCCGCACGUGGUCGACUGCUUCGUGUCGCGGCCCACGGAGAAGACGGUCUUCCUGCUGGUCAUGUACGUGGUCAGCUGCCUGUGCCUGCUGCUCAACCUCUGCGAGAUGGCGCACCUGGGCCUGGGCAGCGCCAAGGACGCCGUGCGCGCCCGCCGCCCCGCGCCGCCCGGCCCCGGCCCCGCGCGCCGCCCGCCGCCAGGCCCGCCGCCCGCCGCCGCCGGCCUGGCCUUCCCGCCCGACUACAGCCUGGUGGUGCGCGCCCCCGGGCCCGCCCUGCGCGGCCCCGCGCUGCCCGCCCUGCGGGACCCGGACCGCCCGCCCUGCCCCGGCCUCUCCGCCGCCCGGGGGCCCCCGCGGGCCGGCGCCUCGGCUUCCGGCUCGGGCAGCGCCACGUCGGGGGGCACGGGCGGGGACCAGGGCCGGCCCGGCGCCAAACUCAGGGCGGGCUCCGAGAAAGGCAGUGCCAGCAGCCGGGAGGGCAAGACCACCGUCUGGAUCUGAGGCCCCGGCCCGGGGCUCGGCCCUCCCUCCGCCGGCAUCGCCUCGGCUGGGGACUCUGGGAUGAAGCUGGGUACCGGCCGCGCUGGACACAGAGCAUCACCUGCCGUCUCCUCCUCCUGCUCCUCCUCGGCUGGCCGACCUCUCCCCUGGGAAGGGCACCCUCUGCUCGUAUCACUACCCCUGCACACCGGAGCCCUCUCUCCCAGUUCUGGUCCGUAAACCCUGAGGAGUGUGCUGGACUGUGGCUAGGGCACUGCCUCCCGCCCCCACCGCCCCCUACAGAGCCACCUUGAGCCUCUCUGGCCCAGGUGCCCAGUCCUUCCCUCAGCUUCCCUGGGCCUGGCCAGCGCCUCAGGACAACGUCUCUGAACAGAGGGUCCAGCCUCCUCCGAGGUGC